GAUUAUUGUUCUGUGGACUAUCACCUUCAAAUGUAAAAAGAUAAUAAUUCUCAUUUCUCAGUUUUCCACAAAUUUUCAGUUUGUUUAGUCAAGUCAGAAAAAUACUCAACUAUUGGAUGGAUAUAGUAAUAUUUUUGGUAACCUAGUAAUUUAAAAAGGCAGGUCUUAAAAACACACGAGUUAACAUCAUGAAGUCUGUUAGGACUCUAUUCUAAUAAGAAACACAUUAAAUGGUGAUAAACGAAAUGACUUCAAAACCUCAAAUUUACCAUGAAAAACAAGUAAAAGAGCUUUGUGCAUUGCAUGCUCUAAACAAUUUGUUUCAGACGCGGAACACAUUUUCAAAAUCUGAUUUAGAUACAAUAUGUAGAAGUUUAUCACCAAAUGUAUGGUUUAAUCCACACAGAUCAAUGCUUGGUUUUGGAAAUUAUGAUAUAAAUGUAAUAAUGGCAGCACUUCAAAAGCAAGGAUGUGAAGCUAUAUGGUUUGAUAAGAGAAAGGAUCCAGGUUGUUUGGAUCUAUCAAAUAUAUUUGGUUUCAUUUUAAACGUUCCAUCAGACUAUAAGUUAGGAUUUGUUAUGUUACCAAUUAGGAGAAGGCAUUGGAUCACAAUACGGCAGAUUCAGGGAAACUUUUACAAUCUGGAUUCCAAGUUAGAUUCACCUCAGCUUAUUGGUAGGGGCAGUGACCUAAUAUCUUACCUGAAAGAGCAACUUGAUUGUAAAGAGAAAGAACUGUUUGUGGUUGUGAGUCAAGAAGUAGAAGAAAAACAGCUCUGGAUGCACCAAUACACAAUUAAUAUAGUUCAAGAAGCGCACAUAAAGGAUUCACUAACAAACUGCCACAGUAUUGACAGUAUUAACUCUGAAAAUGAGUAUAGAAAUAGAGAUGCUGAAGUCCUCAGAUUAAAUGAAGUAAGAAACUGUAUUACCGAGAAUAGUUUUUAAUUAUGUGUUAAUUUGUGAUGUGUCAUAAUAUUUAUAGAAUAAUAUUUCUAAAUUCUGUUCUUCUAUGUAUGCUGAACUCAGUCUAUUAGUUUAAAAAUUGCUCAAUUUUUCUAGAUUUUAUACCAGUUCUAGAUUGAUUUGAUUUGGUAAUCAAAUAUUGUAUGGCAGGCAAUUACAUAAAAACAAACCAGACAUCAGGAACUGGUGGUUGGAGCAUUAGUUUUUUGUUAUAUUUAUUUCUUUGGGUACGUUUUAUCACAAAAUUAUUUUAAUUUUAACCAUUAUUUAUUAACAACUAAUUAUUUUACAGAUUGUUAACUUUUUUCUAUUUAUUGUUUUAUUUAUUCAAUUUUGUUAUGUAUGAUAGGUCUUGUCUAUAGCAAUAUACGGCCUAAUCAUAAUAAUUAAGGUUUAUAAUAACACUUAAGCUCAAUGACCAAAUUCUCAUAAUUUUAAUAUUAGGAGUGUAAAUAUUGGGAGUGUAAAUUUGUAGCUACAAUAUUACACAUUGUUCAUUUUGGUCUCAUAUAAUUACAGAAAUUUGUUAAAACAAGAUUUAUCACACUUUUAAGAUAUAUAACAAACAAUAUUGUAUCUAAAUAAAAAUAUCUGACUUUAGAUGAUGUCAUAUUUUCACAUAUUUAAAUUAUUUUACACUCCAUGUUAUUUUAUGCUAUCUCGUAGAUUUUUUAUAAAUUGUUAGUUCUAAGUGAAUUCUCGUGUGUGUUCUUAUGUAUAUGAAUUUUUCAGGUGCAUUACUAAUAUACGGUCAUUAAAAGUUUUAAAAUGUAAAAGAACUUCUUUGACAUGUG